GCAAGCCAUUGCGCAUGGUGAAAACUGUUCUACAUGAACUAGUGAAGCUUCGAGGAGCUGCUAUUAAAGGUCACCUUUCAAUGGUUCCUAUUGACAUGAAGCCUCAACCAAUAAUUCUUGCUUACAUUGAUCUUAAUCUAGAGUGUGUUUGUGACUGGGAUGAUCAUGAAAAUAAGUUUAUUGAAGUUGAAGGAAUUCUGAGAAGACAGAUAAAGAUGUCUCUUAUUCCUAGUGUGCAACCUUUCCAUGCAAUAGCCUAUCCAAUUGAUCCAAUGCUUGCACUGGAGAUAAGUCGUAAAUAUGCUGCACACUGCUCUGUCAUUGCAUCUCGUUUUUCUCUUCCUUCCUUCAAUUAUCCAGCAGCCUUGCCCAUAAAGAGUGAAGGUGGCAGUAAAAGGCUAAGGGCCGGGUAAGUUUGAGAUAUAAAUUCUCUCUUCCUUUGUAUGUACAUACUGCCUAUGCCUGUUUUCAUUCGCUGUUAGGCAAUUCAUGUUGCAAACUAAAUGAAACAAGCAACGAAUAUUUCUACUCUCUGUUGUGUUGGCUUAAAAAUACUUGUCUGAGUGUUCAAAGCAAAUUAAAUAUUACCUUUAUCUUUAUUUUUUCCAUAGUAUAAUUCAUGUCUUACAUGUGUAUAUAUAUAGAUAAGUAUUAAAACAGAUUGUCAUGAAAUGAUCAAAUAAAACACAAAAGAAACAAUUUAAAUCAUAUUUUUUAAUAUGAAAACAUAAUUGAUAGAGACUCUUGUAAGUAAUCUUUGUAGAGUAUCUUGUAACCACUUUAACAUCAUUUAUG